GGUUGCACGCCCCGCCCCCGCCGGGGGCAGGAAAGCUCUGGCCCCAGCAGGGGGAGGAGCUGCCGCCCAGGUGGGGCAGGUGGAGAUCCUGGGCUCAGGUGUGUCCCUUGCAGAGGGAGGUGAUUGUUUCCUGACCGGUGCAGGCGGGGCCAGACGGACCCUUGGCCCCAGGAUCCAGCUCUGGGAAGCUGGUUUUGUCUCCCAGACUCUGCCUCGGAGGAAAGCCAUGGAAGGGGAAGGGUUAAGAAAUUUCAAGGAACUUCGAGCCAAAUUUCAGAAUCUUGAUGCACCAUCUCUUCCAGGACUGAUUCAGUUCCCAGCAGGUGUUUCUCAACAGGGUGACAUUGGAAGCAAACAGUCCACAAAGACUUUGGCCAGUGGGAAGCCCAUCUCGUCCAGCCACAAUCAGCCCCCACCAAGUUGUGCCGGUGGUGAUCCUCAGCCUCUUAAACCCCAGAAAGUGAAGGUGGCUCAGAAGAGUGAGAUUCAGAAAUGUUCUAAUUCCCAAGAACCUCCGGGAAUGUCUCCUGGUUCUGCUGUGAAUUCGCAGAAGGGUCCUCUGCUGUUAGAUAUGAAUCAGUCAGAUGCUGAGAUACCCAGUAAGAGAGUAACGCUGAACAAUAGCUUCAGAGACAAGCUCUGGAACUGGGAGGUUUUAUCUCAGCAAAGGGAGAUGUCAUCAGCCUUUGUCCUUGCUGAUGGUGGAAGUAGGGCCUUCCAUCUGGAAGAGCAGAACAGCGUGGGGCUGACUCCAGAGGAGCCCAGGAAAAUGCUGGAAGUACAAGGAUCCCAGACCCUUCCUUCCCAGAAGCACUUGAUGGCCCAAAGAAAAUUGUGCACCGCCUCUAAGGAUCCCACUCUUCCUUCUCCACGUGGCAGGAAGGGCCAAGAAAACCCCAGUCCUGAGAGGAGCCCAGCAGGGAGCACCUGCCACCGUCUCUGUGACAGUGAGCUCAGCGGCCAGGCCCCAGAGAAACAGCCGGAUGUCAGGCGUCCACAACUUCCCAGUACCAAGCCACUGCCUUCUGUCAAGUCCCUGGGUCCUCCUCCCCCAAAGCCGCCAAAGCCCCUGGUCGUGAACCUCCAGGCCUUCCGGAGGCAGGCAGCUGCUCUUCCCACAACCCACAGGGAAGCAGCUGUAGAAGAACAUGAUGUGCCUCCGGAGAGUGCUGAAUUGGAAGAACCACAUAAUUACGAGGCCACCAUUUCAUAUCUGAGACACCCUGGCAACUCCAUUAACCUGUGCACCGCCGAAGAAAUUGCUGAUUCAACGUAUGAAGUUAGAAUUGAAGAACUCCAAAAGCCUUGGAAGAGUUUUCUCCAUCAAGAACUUAGCCCCAAACAAGAAGAUGAAGAUAAAAAAAUGAAGGAAAAAGAGCCAUUUGAAUUAGAACCUGAAAAAACAGAAAAGGAUCUGCAUUCCAACCAUCUUUUCAAGGGGGAUGCCUGUGAAGGGACGCCUGGAAGAACCCAGAUAGCGAAAGUCCACAGAGGUGAGAGGAGCGCGCUGGCCGGGAAGCAGGACGCAGGGACCGACGCUGACAUCCUCCAGACAGAGGCCUGCCCCGAGGAGCCUGCGCUGGCCAGGCGCUCCCCCGGCCACUGUGGGUAUGUGAAGGCCUUGGAAAUGACUAAAGAAGCCCCAGGUCAAGGAUCCUGUACACAAAAUUCCCUUUCAGAGACAUAUGAUGACGUUGAGUGCCUCGGGAGAGAAGGGCUGAAGUCGGACUACUCUAACUCAUUGGCUUCAGAUAAUGAAGAAAAUAGUGAAGAAAUGUAUGAAGACGUCUACAAAACAAAGAGCAGCUACCCUAAGAUAGAUUUAGAUGGAAAAGCAGCACUUAAAAGACUGCAGAGAUUCUUCAAGAAAGAAAAGGACAGAUUUAAAAUGAAGAAAAACAAGUUAAAAGAAAAUACAAGUGCGUUUUCCAUUUCGCUGCCUGAUGUAGAAUUUUGGUCUCAGGAAGUUAUUGUCUAUGAUGAUGUGGACGUAAAUGAAAAAAAGUCAAACAAUGAAGAUAAACUAAAACUUCGGAAGCCCAAGUUUCUGAUACCAAAGGAAAAAAAAGGGAGAAAAGGCGCUGAAGAAUCAGAAAGCUCAUCUAAGAAUUUCUUCAAAUUCAAGAAGCAAAACUUUGAAAAGAACAGAUUGGAAAGAGAAGAAAAACUUUUUAGAGAAAGAUUUAAGUAUGAGAAAGAGAUUACUGUCAUCAACACAGCAGUGGCAUGUUCCAAUAAUUCAAGAAAUGGAAUAUUCGACUUGCCAGUAACCCCAGGAGAAGAACUGGAAGUCAUUGAUACCACGGAAGAAAAUCUCGUGAUUUGUCGCAAUUCUAAAGGCAAAUAUGGGUACGUGCUAAUUGAACAUCUAGAUUUCAAGCAUCAAGGCUGCUCACCUUAGGGAGAUCCGGAUCGAAUGGUAUGGGCUGCUCGAGUGAGAACACACGCCUCAGUUUACGUGCGAUGGUAGAACCUGUGGAAACUUUCUUUGGACCUUAGAAGAGAAAAACAAACCCUCCACAUUCAGGUGUUGGUUUGACCCCUACACGGUUAUCUUUCAACAUCUAUUUCAGUAUGUUUCACUGCUGGCUCAAGAGAUCGUGAAACCGUCUGUGUUGGCAUUGGAGCGCUUGUUUAAUGAGCCAUGGCCAAAGUUAGAAAUCACGCCUUAUGGCUCCCAGUCAGUUGUGCAGAUGGUGACUUUGCUUCUAAUAUUAGUACACACGUGUUUAUAAUUUCUAGAAGAUGUUUUGCAUUUAAAUUGGGUAUAAUUUAAUUCUGAAAAGUAAAUAGUAUACCCAAUGUCUUAAAUACUCCAAUUUAAGGUAUCAUCUUAAAGCACAAGGACAUUUUUUACACACUGAUUUUUAUCACAAAAGUAAAAUCAAAUGCACUCAAAAUUGGUUUCUUUAGAAAGAAACUACUUUUCAGCAUAGUGUUCCCAAAUUCACCCAACAUCAUUUUAAGUGCCUAAAUAUAUUUAACAAAAUGUAAAUAAUGCAUAUGCUGUAUCAGUUUAAAACAACCAUUUAACUUAUUUUAGACAACAGGAUAUUAUUUUGUUUAUGCCUAAACACCUAUUCAAAUAAAAAAAUUCAUAUUUAGUUUUACUUAUAUCAAAGUAAAGGAAAAUAAACAAGCUGAGCUGUAAAUAAUACUCUAUUUUUCAAAUGAUGUACACUAUUAGGCAGGGUGAGGCUGCCCUUCAAGAGGCUAUUUUUUUAAGCUUCUAGGUUAUCUAUAAGGAUCAAAAGCUGUCACAGAGUUUAGAGAAAUAGGUAACGAGAUUAUUACAAAUAACAAUUAUAACAAACAGCGGAUGAAUGAAAUGGUUUAACUGACAAGGUAACACUGAAGUUGGUCCUUAAACACAUGUGUAUUUACUAGACAGGACACAGAAAUGGAAAAUCCACAUUCUGCCUGGGGACUAGGAAAGUCUUAAGCAUGCCAGAUGUUUAGAGAGAGAAAGGGAAAAAAAGUCACAGCAGUAGGGUUGAUAAAUGAGAAGAGACUUAUUCUAGACCUUAACUACAGUACAGGAGCCCUAAUAGAGGGGGGAAGGUGAGAGGAACAGGAAUUUCUCUUCUGGAUGAUGAGAUUAAGGCUGGUACCCAGGACUGGGAAUACAUUUCUGCUGGGACUCCCUGAAUUAAAUGUACUGCUCAGGGAAAGGCAGAAUAGUCAGGCACCUGAGCCCUCUCCCACACUCCAGGGCAAGACCUGCCACAGUGGGCACUGUAGAAGAUGAGGACAAGUGGGGCCCAUAGGCAGGUGGUAAGUGAGGGAGUGCGGCGUUGAGCAGAGACCAUUCAUGCAGUCAUCCUAAACAAAAACCAUGCAGUACUUUAAACCGUGCAGUGGGAGUCUGUCCCACGCACAUCCUAUCACAUCACAUGGCCGCUUACCGUCAUUCCAUGACUCAGCUCGCAGUAACACUCCCCUUGUCGACAUCACAGGGUUGUUGUCAGGCUGUAAGGUAAUAAUAUGAAUAAAAAUGUCCUAAAUCCUUAAA